AUGAUCAAAGCUAUUAAUCAUCUUUCUAGACGACGACUCAAUAUUCAAAAUAAUCCCGUAUCCGAGUCGCUUUUGAAUGCCACAGUUCAAUGUGUAUGUUCGCCAUUUUUUGUCAACAUAUUUAAACAAGUAACUGAACUAAUUGAACUCAACGAUGCACAAGAAUUAUUGUUGAACACAUGUACCGAUUAUAUUGUUUGCUAUGAAGGUAACCGUCGUCAUGAGAUAUUUUCUAUUAUUCGCACAAUUUUGUUGAAACCUUUCACGCAAUGGUUACAACAACAUGCAUCGUCUUUUCGACAAUGGAAUAGAAUCACCAAAAGUUCUUUUGAUAAACUCGGUGGUAUUAUAUUCGAUUUUGGUUUGCAUAAUGAGAAAAUUAUCGGUAAAGAUACAUACGACGAUUGUUGCAAAAUUAUUGAUUGUUAUAUUCUCAUUUUAUCCACAUUAUCAAAUAAUAUCAAUGCAAUUGAUGAAUCAACUAUCGAUUUGCUAGGUAUUUGUAUGUUUCAUUUAUAUGCGUUGACAUUAGAACAGAGCCUACUUGAUUAUAUUAAAAAUCAACAAUUAUCUUCAAUAUUAUUACGAUUGAUUGAUAUUGACAAUGAAGAAGCACAAUUUAAUGCUUAUCGUAUUCUAGCUUCAAUUAUGACCGAACAAGAUAUUAAGAUGUUAGCAAAUCCAGGCAAGAUUUCAAAAGUCUUUAUCACAUUUCUCACCGAUGUUAUUGAUAAUACGAGAAAAAUCCGGCGACUUCGAAAUCUGCUUCGUUGCCUCAAGUGUUUGGUUCAACAUGAUCAAAUCAAAGAAGAAUUGACUAAACAAGGUAUAUUGCCGCAUCUUCUUCGAUGUGCAACAGAAACUAAAUUCGAUCCUGUACAUGAACAACAACCAACACUCGAAAUUCUUCUUGCACUGACUUUUCAUGAUCAAGCAGCAAUAUUACUCAAGGAAAAUUCACAAUUCAUCUCACAUCUUCAUACACUCAUCAAUUCAUCAUCCGAACAAGGUUUACGGCGAGCUGCCGAAGGUUUGCUUUGGAAAUUAGAAAAAGAAGAAAUAGCAACUGCCAAGUUAGUCACCAUUCCGAUUACAAAAGAUGUUCGCCAUUAUAAAUACGACAUCAUGUUGAGCUAUUCUCAUCGUGACAAAGAUCUGUGUCAUCGAAUUUAUGAUCGUCUAGUAAAAGAUAAUUUUCGUAUAUGGAUUGAUAGAGAUCAAAUGCAUGGAUCGACCAUGGUUGCCAUGGCUGAUGCUAUCGAAAACGCUGAAUUUGUGUUCGUGUGCAUGUCGGAUGCCUAUAAACAAAGUGCUUACUGUCAAUCUGAAGCUCAAUAUGCUUAUGAACGUCAAUGUCACUUGAUACCGAUUGUAAUGAAACAAAACUAUCGACCCGAUGGAUGGUUAGGUAUUAUGGUCAGUGGAAAAAUUUACGUGGAUUUUCCUAAACUUGGUUUCGAUCAAGCCUAUCUGAAAUUGAAAAAUGAAAUCGAUCGAUAUAGGCUGAACAUGAAUCUUUCAAUCAGCACUCAAGAACAACAACGAUGUGAGUCGCCUACGACAGCAAAAGUACCUGAAAGAACAAUUGAAACGAUAACAGAUCAGUCAGAUGAACAACCAACAAUAACGAACCAUGAACGAGGAGCAAUUCGAUGA